AUGGAGACACACUGGAAAUAUCUGCUCCACCGGCUGUUCUUCGUGGCGAUGCUGCGAGAAGAAGCCAGCGAGGGCGAAAUCACAGGCUAUCACGAACAACUUUUCCAGAAAAUUUCACGGUUCCAUUUGGGGGAACCAGCCUCAGGGGUUCUUCUCAUCUACUCCCAGAGCAUUCUCCAUAUUCUCGAGGCCUCCAGCGGCACCCUCUACCACAUCCUCAAGAACCUGGCACUUUUUGAAAAGCAGGGAACGACAGCGCACAGAUGGUUUAUGGUUUUAAAACAGCUGAAAACGAAGCCAAAAAAGCUGGCUUUAUUGCAAGAUAUUAAGAUAUUGGUAAUAUCUCAUAACAUUCCCACCAGACUUUUCACACAGUGGUAUGCCACCAAAGUGGAAGUGCCUGUAACUUUGGAAGAUGUGACCCAGAGCCAGACAACAGAAGAAGUUAUUACAGAGUGUCUUACACUCAUUCUCAAGCUGGGAGUGUACCUUGCAACACUCAAGGUGGGCAGCAAAGGCCUUGGCGAAUGUCUUCACACUGCUGUGCCGGAGCUUCUGAUCCCAGCAGAAACCAUCCGGUAUUUGUGCAGGACUCAAGAAUGUUUGAGCCCCACGGAAUUUCUGAAGGUGUUCGAUAAUCCUUUGCAGCCGAACAUGGAUUCAGGUACCCCUCCUUCUCCCCAGAGGGAGGCACCCUCUCUCCUAGGGCCCCUGGCGCUUCCCAGCCCCGGCUCAGGGCACCAAACUAUCGGUGGCUGGCAGAGGAACUUCUCCCUCCUUGGCCAGGCUCUGAAACAUCGGUGUCGGUGGACUGUCACUGACCUGAGCAAGUCACCAGUUGUGCUUCGGGGCCUAGAAAGUUGCAGAAACAGUAUGGCCUACUCCGACUCAUAUGUCUACAUGAAACCCUACGCAACUCCUGACAAGCUACCAAUGUUCCUAAAGGCGUGA